AUGGCUGAUGCUCUGAACGGGGUCGCCGCCCUGGGUCGCCUGCCUGCACCGGGCGCGGCCCCUCGCACGAAUGGCGGCGGUGCUUCGGCGGACGGCGGCAAGCAGACCUGCUUCGCAUUCCGCGACUCAAGCUGGUGCAUCCAGAGCGGCACGUUUCGCUGGAUGCACGUGGGGAGCGACGCGCCCGUGCUGACAGGUCCGCCAGAACUCCCGCACUGUGUGCAGCUGGUGGAAGUGAGCUCGGUCGUGAACGAUCUGACGGAACCGUCGGACGGCGAGCUGGUCGGGCGUGCUCUGCCUAUCCAUGGGGGUUGCUUCCACAAGUUCCAGGAGCUCUCGCACCUCCUCAGCCCGUCUGCCAUGCACCGCGGCUCCCAAGCAGACGUGGGCCUCGUGAGCGCCACCAUCGACGACUUGAUCGCGAUGCUCUCGGAGAACGGGUGGAGCAAGCAGCGACGCUUGGACAUGGCCGACGAGAACGCCGAGCUAAAGCAGUCCGUGCCUAAGCGCGCAGCCCCGGCCUCCACCCCCUCGGUCAUGCACGAUCUGUCCCACCUCGGCGAGGCCGACAAGGCAGCCGUGCUGGCUGCGCUUGGAAGCCCCGCCGACUACGACACGUGCGUCGUUUUUCGGAGCACCCAGGGAGCCGCCAAAGUGCUCCCCCUCCAGCAGGGCGCCACUCGGAGACUCGGAGAGCGCGCCGCACACGUCCAGAUGGCACCGCAGAGCCUCUUGCGGCCCUUCGCUGCCCCGCAGGCCCGCAGCGCCAGCAACGCAGGGGGUGGAGCUCCUGCCGAAGCGGCUCUGGCACGGGCCCCGAAACCUGCUGGCGCGGCGGCCCCAGCGGGCCCCGCGGCCCCGGCGGCCCACGCAGCUGAGGAGGGGGGCUCGGGCGCCGAAGCGGCCACGCCAUGCCGCAAGCUUUUGACGCACAUCCGCGCGGAGAUGGACGCCAUGAAGCCGUCGCAGGCCCUUGUUCCCUGGUCGGCCGAUCUGCACCUUGACGCGCAGCCGAUCGUGGCACUGAAGGGCCCAUGCAGUCUGGGGGUCUCUGGGCAGGUCCAGGGGCACCCCGAGAACAUCAUCGACAAGCUGUCCGUGGAGGUGAUUCAGUUGGCCGCGCGCGCCUCGAUCGACAUUCUGAAGUCGUUGGCUGAGGUGGCAAGGCCGUGCGCGAGUCUGCAUUUGCUUCUGCGCUCGCGCAGAGUGGAGAUGAAAGCAGAAGGCCACCAGCCCAUAG